AUGGCAAGCAUUACGACUACCGCGACAGCCACGCUUCUCACCAAAGCGGCCCCCGCGAUGGGUGGCGACGUUGAGACCACGAUCAACUACCAUCCUGCCGGCAUGGAUGGCACGCUCAACACCGUCAUUCCGGGCACCGCUGGCUCCUAUCGCCGCAAAUUCGACCCCGCUUCAGUCACCAUCAAGGACAUUCGCGGACAAGAGAACCAAUUCAGCUUGGCAGAGCAAGGUUUCCAGUUGCUCAAGCAUACCAGCGAGGAGAAGGAGUUCAUGGAUAAAGACCGAAUCAAGGGCACGGCUUUUCCCGAGGUCGAGGAGCUAUUGAAGAAGACCACCGGAGCCACUGACGUUCGCAUCUUCUCCCACAUUGUCCGGCGCACGCCAUGGGAAUCUAUCACCAAGGAGAUCGAAGAGAAGCAGAUUCCCGACGAGGCUCGUGUCGGCAAGAUUGGACCCGCGCACUUUGCCCACAUCGACCAAGGUCCCCUUGGUGCGCAACAACUGUUUGAUGAGACCCUUUCCCCCGAGGAGGCGGCUCGCUUCAGCAGGACCCGAUGGGGGAUCAUCAACGUCUGGCGCCCGAUCAAGCCCGUCCGCAGGAACCCUCUGGCCUUGUGUGACAUGAGAUCUGUGCCGGAUAGGGAUCUGAUCCCCGUCUACACCCGCGCCCCGAGAGAUUAUGGUAGCUAUACCGCCGAGAAGAUGGCCAAGAGCUAUCAGUCGAUGACAGCAAAGAGCAACCCUGACCACGCCUGGUACUACGCUUCGGGCAUGACACCGGACGAGGUCUUGAUGCUCCAGAUCUUCGACACGAACAAGGCUGCAGACGGGUCUUCGAGGCGGACCCUCCACUCUGCUUUCUCGCACCCGGAUGACCAAGCACUCGAGCCGAGAGAGAGCAUCGAAGUCAGAUCACUUGUGUUUUGGGAGAAUGAGCCGAUUGAGGCGUGA